CGAUCCGUUUGACGGACCGGAGGACUCUGCCUCGUUGAUUAAUUUAACCGACCACGAGCCUCCUUUUGUCGUCCCGAUGCUCAUCGCUCCCCUGCAGCGGCAGCAACUGCACAGGACCGAUUGCACAGAACCGAUGAAAAGAAACGAAAGGAAGGCGGAGGACGCGGGAGGCAAGUAAAAGGCCGAUCCUUCUCAUCUUUCUCUCCUUUGAAUACGAAAGAAUGGCGCAGAUUCCCAACCUUGAGAACGCCCCUCUCAACUUGAAUUCUCUCAGGGAACAAUCUCAGAAGGAGCUUCUCAACAUCCUCAAAAAUAUCCGUGGGAGGAAAUUGCUCGUCAUCGAUCAGAAGCUCAGCGGUUCUCUUGCCUUGGUCACGCAGACCUCUAUUCUCAAGGAGCAUGGUGUUGAUAAUUUGCGUCAUCUAUCUAAAGAUCCUAUCCAGGGUGAUGCCAAGAACAUUGUGUAUCUCGUCAGGUCUCAGGCUAGUCUAAUGAAGCUUAUUUCAUUGCACAUUCAUCACGAUGUGUCCCAAGGAUUACAGAGGGAAUACUUCAUUUAUUUUGUUCCACGUCGUACAGUUGCUUGUGAGAAGGUUUUGGAAGAGCAAAAGGUUCAUCAACUGUUAACAAUUGGGGAGUAUCCUCUGUACCUAAUACCAUUAGAUGAAGAUGUUCUAUCAUUCGAACUUGACAUGGUGUCUAAGGAAAUUCAAGUUGAUGGCGACACAAGUUCCCUUUGGCACAUUGCCAGGGCCAUUCAUAAACUUGAGUCUAUUUUUGGAGUUAUCCCGAACAUCCGAGCAAAAGGGAGAGCAUCAAAAAGAGUUACAGAGAUUCUUGAUCGGAUGCAUAAAGAGCAACCAAUUGCAUCAACUGAUCCAGGGAUGCCAGAAAUAAAUACGGUUGUGAUUCUAGAUCGGGAGGUGGAUAUGGUCACACCUAUGUGCACUCAGUUGACAUAUGAAGGGCUACUAGAUGAGCUUCUGCAUAUCAACAACGGCUCUGUUGAGCUUGAAGGGUCAAUUAUGGGUGUACAAGGUGGGAAGAAGAUGAAAGUUCCCCUAAACUCCAGUGACAAGCUCUAUAAAGAAAUACGGGAUCUCAACUUCGAAGUUGUUGUUCAGGUGUUGCGUCAAAAAGCAACAUCAAUGAAGCAGGAUUACACGGAAGUGACUACCACAAGCCAGACUGUGGCUGAGUUGAAAGAUUUUGUGAAGAAACUCAACUCCCUCCCAGAAAUGACUAGGCAUAUAAACCUUGCUCAACAUUUGAAUACAUUCACAUCGAAGCCAUCAUUUCUUGGAAAGCUUGAUAUGGAACACACAAUUAUAGAAGGACAAGGUUAUGACAUCUGUUUUGAGUACAUCGAGGAAAUGAUCCACAAGCAGGAGGCUAUUUUUGAUGUUCUCCGCUUGCUUGUAUUAUUUUCAAUUACAAACCUUGGGUUGCCAAAGAAGCACUUUGACUAUUUCAGGAGAGAGAUUCUUCACAGCUAUGGAUUUGAGCAUAUGGCCACCCUAAACAAUUUAGAAAGGGCUGGGUUGCUUAAGAAGCAGGAAGCUAAAAGCAACUGGUUGACAGUCAAGCGUGCACUCCAACUUGUUGUUGAUGAUACAGACACUGCCAAUCCCAAUGAUAUUGCAUAUGUCUUUUCGGGAUAUGCACCACUCAGCAUUCGACUUGUUCAACAUGCAAUAAAAUAUGGAUGGCGUGCUAUUGAUGAUAUCCUCAAAUUAUUGCCUGGGCCUCAUCUAGAGUUUAAGAGAGAUGUAUAUUCCAGUGCCUCUUCAUUCGAGACAAGAAUUGAUGCACCUGUUGGUAUGGAUAAGGUUGCUGAUGGACGCCGUUCAUUAGUCUUGGUUAUAUUUAUUGGGGGAGUGACGUUUGCUGAAAUUUCUGCACUUCGUUUUCUUAGUGGACAGGAAGGAAUGGCAUUCGAAUUGAUUGUUGGUGCAACAAAGAUACUGAACGGUAGAACCUUGCUGGAGACGUUAACUGAGAAUUUGUGAUGGAGGCAAAAUCAAUAAAAAGGAUAAGAAGUCACCUCCUCUUUUGAUGACUGGCAGCCUCCUUUUGAGACUGAACGUAACGUUCCUCGUCUAGGUCUGAUCUGGUUUGGUUUUGUGAAACGCAAGAUGGCAGUGCAAAAUGCUUGAGGACUGCCUUCUUGCGUCGUGUGUAUAAAUGCAGCUGACGUGCAAGAGAGAGUCCAUUCCUUUUAUAUGACGGAUAAAAGUUUUCGGGAAAAUAUUGUCUCGUCUGUCUUCCUAGGCAUUUCUUUUUGUUCUGCUGUCAAAUUUUCUGAAGAACAGGCCAUGGGUUUGAUUGUGAUAAUGGAUAAUCUGCGUCCCCUAUCAACCCAAGGCGCAAGGAAACGGUACUUUUUUCUUGUCAGGUUUGCCUGCCCUUUUCAAUUACAAAAUUCAUCACGA